AUGGCCUGCAUCCAUCCCAUUGCCGAGUUCAGCUACAGAUCAAAGUGUACCUUUCAGUGUGUUUUGGGGUUUAUGCUCAAAGGAUUAGAAGAACUGGAAUGCACAUCCUCUGGCAGGUGGUCAGCACAGACACCCACCUGUGAAGAUGUGAUUUGCCAACCACUGAUGAUUCCUACAAACGGGACCAUGAACUGUUCCUAUCUGAUCGAAAAUUUGAGCUACAGCUCAACCUGUGCCUUUAGCUGCUUGAAGGGGUUUUCACUGAAAGGACCUACAUUUCUCCACUGUAAUGAUCAUGGAAUCUGGAAUGAGCCAACACCAAGCUGCGAACUAAUUACUCUUUCCUGGGUGGACAAAUUGCGAAAUAUUGGAAUGAUCACUUUAGCAGUGGUCUCCCUUUUGUUCCUGAUUCUGAUAAUCUGGAUCAUUCUAAUGUGGCGCAGAAAGGUUAAGAAAGAAAAAGUUUCACCUUCAAGAAGGAAAUCCCUGAGAGAAACAUCUACAGUUUAGCGGUGUAAUGUAAUCAGUGUGCUACAGCUCAUGUAGGUAAAAAGUGCUUCAUAUCUGUAAGUUCCUAACAUAGAGGAGAGAGAGGGUCGUACAGCAGAAGAUUGUGGAUGGGAAACACACUCAGCUCUCAAUGGUGGCAGG